CGCCGGCAAGGUAGAAGUCGUCCACAAGUUCCAAACUUCCAAUUGGACUUGUCUUCUGUUGUGCUUGUGCUCUGUCUGUCUAGACCUGGCGAUGAUUUCCAGCAAUGCCCCUCGUAUUCUGACUAGGUGAACCCUCUGUGACCGACAUGAAGGGCCCACCGUUAUAUGAAAACGCUGCAACACGCCAUGUACGGCAUGGGCAUGACCGUUGUGGCGUGGCGGUGUGCCGUUGUCUACCUCGUCUCGUCUCUUUUCUCAACCGGACUCCUGUUUUAUUUCGGAUCGCGACGCCACAAUCCCACCGGCCACAGCACAGACCAGGCCGCCGCCGCCGCCGCCGCUCUGCCUUGUUCGCAGCUCUGUUGGCCGCUCGCUUUCGCAACAUUAUUAUACCCACCUAAUCGACCGACGCAAUCGAAACCGCCUCCCAUCUCAUCCGUCUCUCUCGAAUCCCACCGUGCGCUCACUGCGAUGGACGGCUCAUCCAAGCGGAUCGGCGGUGGCGGCGACGACAUGCCCAGCCCCGACCACGACCAGAACGCCAGCCCCAACGUCCCGCCGUCCGCCGCUGGUGACGGCGGCGCAUCAGCCACUGCGGCGGCAGCGCCCGCCGCCGGGAGGCGGCCGUUCACCAGCCUCAGCCAGGAGGAGGCCGACCUCGCCCUUGCCCGCGUCCUCCAGGAGCAGGAGCGGGCGUACAUGAUGCUGACCGGCGGCGAGUACGCGAUCUCGGACGCCGAGAGCUACGACUACGACGAGGAAGACGGCGAUGGGAGCGACUACGAGGAGGAAGGCGAGGCGCUCGACGAGGACGAGCAGGUUGGGGACGCGGAAGCGGAGGGGGCUGAGGGGGACCUGGACCUGGACCCUUCUCAGUACGAGGACGACGGGGAGGGCGACGUCUCCGACAGGCUCAUGGCGCUCGUCGGGAUCGGUGAUUGGCGAGCAAUGGAGCAGGAUGAUGCUGGGGACGAGGAGGACGACGAAGAUGCUGAGGUUCAUACACAGGGUGCAUGGGAAGAUGUUGACCCAGACGAAUACUCUUACGAGGAGCUAAUUGCGCUGGGUGAAGUUGUCGGUACGGAAAGCAAAGGCCUUGCUGCUGACACUAUUGCCUCAUUACCUUGGGUGACUUACCAGGCACAAGACAAGCAAGAUGGCAACAUGGAACAGUGUGUUAUUUGUCGUGUGGAGUUUGACGAGGGCGAGUCAUUAGUUGCACUCCCUUGCAAACAUCCAUACCAUUCUGAGUGCAUAAACCAGUGGCUGCAGCUAAACAAGGCAUGACUUACUCAAACGGAAGAAGAUAGCGGUGGCUUGGUAUUUAUCUGCCAUUGAUGGAAUGAAAGAAGCGCCAACUGUUAAAUUGUUCAGGGAAGCAAGGGAAUUGGCUGGGUUCUGAUUCCCUGUUUUCUUCAGUUCGACAGGCUUAGUCCCCCCCGGCCUGUACGCAUGCUAAUUUGUAUGGCCAUACCGCUGGUUAUUUAUGCAUUCCAUCAGACGCCGAUGAUUCAUUGCUUGUAGAUGUAAAUCAACAAUCAUACCACCAUAGUCAAUAGCAGUUGUUUUAAUGCCAAUAGCAACGUUCAUGUUUAAAAUGGUAGCAUUUUUGUUCCUUGUUUUCUAGACCGGACAUUUUAUGUUCCUGAAGAUGGUGAUUGUGUUACAAACGAGUUGAGUUGA